AGAGUUCUAGUCUCCCUUUUUCCCCAAAGUUGUGUGUGUUCUCCGAUCGAUCAUCCAUCAAAUUACCGUUUUCCCUUCUUUGCCCCCCCCCCAUUCAUUCAUUGAAAGUCCAUUCAAGUCAUCUCCCCAUCUUUCUUUCUUCAUCCCCUCUCCCUCUCCCUCUCCCUCUCCCUCUCUCUCUCUCUCUCCCUCCCUCCCUCACUCUCUCAUUCUUGUCUCCUUUGCACAACCUCCCUCUCUUACCUGGCCACCCCCCUUUGUAUCUGGGUUCCCCUUUUAUGUUUUUUAUAUCCUUCUACUUUCCACAUUUCAUGAUCUCGCGUGUCGCCUAUUUAGAAUUAUCUUUCCGACUCAUUCGGUCGUGCACGAUUUCCCAAUCCUCGUGGCCCACCGUGCCUACUUGCGGACGGCGCGGCACUUGACCACCCGCUGCCACGCUGACUAGUUCCUCGUGCUAUUUUGGGGACCGUUAAAUUUCCCCUCCCAGCCCCAGAAUUUCUUUGCGCAAACACGAAGGGCGGUGACGGAUCCCUCGGUUCAUCGGUCUGGACCAUAUAAUUCUGUCGCAUUGUGCUAGCCUCCCCUUUCCAUCGCACAGCGUCCCAUGAUGGUCACGGGCAAAUCUCAAGGCGCCGAGGCGUUUCAAUCGCUGCCUCCCACCACCACCCAACCUAGGUUUAUCGCCGCAUCGCCACCGUCGAAACGCGAUUUGGCUUCGUGGUGGAGACAGUUCAAGAGAAAUACCAGGAAAGAGGAGCCAAAAGAAAAACCGCAGGGUAUCUUCGGCGUCCCCCUCAAUGUCAGCAUCAAAUAUGCCAACGUCGCUAUUUCCCUGACGAACGACAAUGGCGAAAGCUUUAUCUACGGCUACGUCCCCAUUGUAGUCGCGAAGUGCGGGGUCUUCCUCAAGGAAAAAGCGACGGAUGUCGAAGGCAUAUUUCGACUCAACGGAUCCGCCAAGCGCAUCAAGGAUCUGCAGGAGAUCUUCGACUCUCCCGAGCGAUAUGGAAAGGGCUUGGAUUGGACGGGCUAUACCGUACACGAUGCUGCUAACGUCCUCCGUCGGUAUCUGAACCAACUCCCCGAGCCGAUCGUUCCAUUGGAAUUCUACGAGCGCUUCCGUGAACCACUACGCAUUUAUCAGAAACAGGUCCAGGGUGGGGAGCCUACAAGCGAAGGCGAGAAGUUCGACCAUGCGAAGGCGGUCGCCGCGUACCAGCAGCUGAUCAGAGAGUUGCCCCCAUUGAACAAGCAACUGCUCCUCUACAUUCUCGAUCUGUUGGCGGUCUUCGCUUCCAAGUCUGACCAGAAUCGGAUGACAUCGGCCAACCUCUCUGCGAUCUUUCAGCCCGGCCUGCUCUCUCACCCGCAGCAUGAUAUGUCGCCGGAAGAAUACAAGCUGAGCCAGGAUGUGUUGAUAUUUUUGAUCGAAAACCAGGAUCACUUCCUGUUCGGCAUGAACGGGACCGCUGCAGACGAGGCGACGGUGAAGGAAGUGGAAGGGGGUAUGCUGCGCCCCACCUCCCAUUCCACAGUGCGGCGCUCCGUCUCGAGUGCUAGUGGUGGUGCAGAGAGCUUCCGGAAAUUUGGCAGUCUUCGCCGAAAUGUUUCGGUGUCGUCCAAGAACUCUCGCAAUUCGAACAAUGCCAGCCCCGCAACCCCCACGUCCAUGGGCGGCGCGGGAGUCCACCGAAGCAACACUCUACCCACCAAAAUGUCGCCGGCCAUUGCGCAAGCCAGAUACGGCCGAGUGACUGAGGCUACUGGUGGGAAUGCUCCGGGACGGACUUCGACCCAGCGCUCGCGGUCACCUAGCCGGGCACCGCCUGGCCCUGAGCAGAACCCCCAACCCGCGAAACCUCAGCCCGCACCCCAAGGAGCGGGAACUGCCACCACUGGUCUCGUGUAUGUUCAUACAUCUACCCACGGUCCGAUUCCGGUUUCCCAGGUCACUGCCACCCACUCGCCCAUCGCAGAAAAGCCUUCUCAGGAUACUUUGACGGUGCCCUCUUCGCCUCCGCGGGCCGCAGUGACGCCGACAAAGGAGCGGAAGUUAUCCAGUUUCUUCAGCAAGUCGCCGCCUUCGGGCAGCGAGAAGGAGCCACGGCAACCCAACCGGCUCAAGAAGAAACGGAUCCCAGGAAGCGCUAGUGCCAGUGCACAGAGUUCAUCCCAGUCCCUACAAGCUGCCACGUCUGACUCGGGAAUUGGCAUUCCACCGUCCAGGGCGUCUGAUCCUACCGAUGCUGGCGGAGACACCCCGAAACCUCUGAACGCCCCUAAUACAGAAGAUAAUGCCCCACAAGAUGGGAAACCGGAGAAGCCAGCGGCUCCGAACGAGGCGGGACACCCAUCCGAUACGACGUUGAGGCCAUAUGGGUCACGCACUCCGUCGAUGAACUCGCGGUCAUCAUUUACCGAUCUUUCGGAUGCUGAUCCCACUGACGACACCUCUCGCGCAGACCGCAAAGAGCAUCGGCGGAGCUGGAGGUUUCCUCGAUCGUCAAAACGGAGUAAUGAGCAAAUCGGACUCGGGCUAGGAUCCCCGCCGCUCUUGGCUUCGAACCCGGGCGCGGAUCGCAGCACAAGCUCGUUUGGCAGCUGGCAUCACUCGAGCAAAAGCUCGCCGUCCGAUCUCCAGCAGUUCGCCAGCGAACACUCAUUUCAGCCGCUCAGCCUAGAUGCCGAAGUGAACAACAAUGUUAAGGACUCGUCCGAGCCGGAGAAGCGCAGCCUGUUCGGCAAAUUCAAGGCCAAGGUUGCGCAGGUUCGGGACGGAGUCAUGGAUACCGAAAGGGAUCGGACAAGGAGUCCUCCCGUACAUUCAGACGCAGAGAAAUCUGCCUCCAGUCAGACACUCUCCCCCGCCCCGAAGGAGAGCCAUCACACGCGACCUGCACCGCCGGCGCCAAUUGAUGUGACGAGAGACUUCAAGGAAAUCCAGAGCACGCCAGUCUCCCCCCUUCCUGGGUCAGGUAUGCCGCCGGCAAUCCCGGAAGAACCACGCACCCCGGAAAGCCCAGUUGCACCCGUCGAGCUGGAGGUGAAAAAGGACAACGGCGUGGCGGAGACGGGGUCUGCGGCGACUCUUCCAACAUUUGAAUCCCACAAGGGAGACAUUGAGACCUCUCAGUUCCUUGGGAACUAGGGUACCAUCGUGUUAACAAAACGUGGCUUUAAUCGGUUUCGAAUCUUCACGCCGGGCCUGUGCCUGGUCAUGUUUGGUAUGUCUUGACCACGUGAUUGCUACUGGAGCAGGGAUAUGACGGAGAAUUUUGGGUGAUGAUUGAUGGGUUGUUUCGUAUUUCUUUUGUUUUUCAUACCCCGUAUUUCUUGGUGAUGCUUGAUGGGCCAUGAUUCAUGUAUGUAUGUUGCUUCUUUGGCUUGGUGCCAUGUUGAAUAGGACGGUUAGCGUGAGCUCUGGAUGGGAUAUAUAGAGCUUGGAUUUGAAGGGCAGGUAAAGAAUAGAUGCUUCGUAUCUAGACUUGAAUGUCAUUAUGACUUAUUAUCCAACAUGGUCAAUACAACAACCCGAUAAAAACUUCUCAUAAUUGAUUGGAAUAAGAAAACCAUCCGAAAACAGACACCUCAGGCACCCUUCACCUCGGCACCCACCAAAGACACCUGAGGCACUAAAGAACAACUCUCGAUCCGCA